AUGCUUGCCGGGUCGCCCGGUGCAUUCCGCCCGAGUCUUGACACGGGUCGCGUCGCACACGCCGUGUCAGAGCCCCAUGUCAGCUCGGCCGAUCACCUCAAGCGUCGCACGCCUGCAUUGCGUCAGAACCAGGAGUCCAUCGCCACUGCCCGUAUUCGCUUGGGCUCCAGUGCCACCUCGCAGCCCCGCUCCGCCCAUGAAUCUGUGGCAGAGCUAUCAGGCGCCUUGUCUUGCUGCAGCCAAGCUGCCGAGUGCAGGCCAGCGCCAGUUCUCACCGCCCGUGGCGGCUUUGAGGCCAACGGUGCGUCUUGUCAGCAGAGCGUGAUGGCCUGGCCGCUGGUCCAGCGAGCACUUGGCAUGCUGCCAGGCAUGUGCCGUUGCAACGGCUCUAGCGUCUUAGACCGCCACAAACUCGUGCGCAUUGCGCAGUGGCAUGCAAGCGUCAUGGCCUUCCUGGAGAAAGCAACGGACUUCCGCAAGAAUGCGACCAGGACGAUGUCGGAGAAAUGGCAGACCUUCUCCGUGCCAUCUGCCCUGAGGCGCGCCAAGAUGGCGGUGACGGGCACCUCGAAAAUGGCCCACGAUCCUCUAGAGGAGCAGCGUGCCGAGCUGGGAGAGCUGGAGGGCCUCACCACGGGCUUGCUGGCCUGUGCCAGAACUCUUUCUUGCGCUGUGGAGAUGCUUGCUGCUGCGCCCAAGCCGCUGUUCGAUCCGCUGAGCCGCUUUUAUGGCGAAAACGCGCCCGGCAGCCCGGCCAUUGAGAAGCUGUGUGCCCAGCUGAACGCCUUCGCCCAGAAGUCCACGGAGAGCGAUGCUGAGCUGGAGAUGCUGCAGUCCAAGCUGCAAGCCAUGUCCGAGCGCAGCAAAGUGGCCCGUCAGUCCUUCGUCGCCCUCGAUGAGGCGUUUUCCAGCCAGGAUCACUACACCAAGAAGCUCGAGAAGCUUCGCGAGCAAAUUGCCAAGGGCGGGAGCUCGCCUGCCCUCGUACAGAAGCUGAACCGCAACGAGGAGAAGCUGCGGAGCAGCCAACAGGCUUUUGCUUCCCGCGUCACGGAGACUGGCAGCCAGGUGAACGAGGUGCUGGAGCACAGAUGGCAGGAGGUUGGCCAGGCGGUGGCGCAGAUGUCUCAGUACUACGUCUCCCUUUUCCAGGCUGCUGGCGCGCUUGGCCAUGAGCUGCAGCAGGUGCACCACGAGCUCACGAGGCCCGCGACCUCGGAAGCCAUGCUCCGCAUGGGCCAGGAACUUGCAAAGAAAGCACGGGACUCCCUGCGCACCAAGUGCAGCAGUGAGGGCAGCGGGAUAUCGGCAUUUCAGUCGAACCGGUCCAAUUCCAGGGAUUUGACACGAGCCUCAACUGCGGACCUUGGCGUCUUUGAUGGGACGAGCGGUGGCGCCGGCUACAGUCAAUGGCCAAGCCAGGCAGCGCCCUGGCCAACCACUUCGGGGACUUGGCCUGGGGCAGCCCAGGCCGGAGAAGCCCGCGCGCCACGCUCGCCCUGGGACACUGGUGGCUCGGGCCAGGUGAGGAGGAAUGAAACCACAUCUCUGAGGGCCAGCCCCUGGAGCUAACGGGAGCAUUAAAGCGCCUCGCUUGCCUGUCAAAUCAUAGCAACAGCUGACA